AAUUUCCAAUUAGUACUAAUAAAUUUAUAAUUUUAACAGAGAAGAUGAUUAUGGUAAAGAUGAUGAUGAUGGCUAUGGUGGUGGGAGUUGCGAUGGGAAAUAUUGUAGAUAAGACAUGCAAGCAGACACCUGACUACACUCUCUGUCUCUCUCUCCUCCGCUCGGAUCCACGUAGCUCCUCCGCCGACACCGUCGGCCUUGCUCUUAUCCUCGUCGACAAAAUCAAGGCGCUUGGGACGGAAACGCUUGGGCAGAUCAAUGAUGCGUACAAAACGAAACCGAUGCUGAAAAAGCCAUUAGACGAAUGUAGUUUGAGAUACAAAACGAUCGUAGACGUUGACGUCCACACUGCCAUUAUAGCUGUCAAAGGAAACCCUAAGUUCGCUGAAGGGGCUGUUGUCGACGCCGGCGUGGAAGCUUCCAUUUGCGAAGGAGGGUUUACCAAAGGCCAAUCUACGUUGACCAGUUUGACUCAAAGAAUGGAAAAGAUUUGCGAUGUGACCAGAGCCAUCAUCCGAAUGUUGCUCUAAUUAAUUUUUACAUCUUAUUUAAAAUAAUCUAAAUUAAUGAUA